GGCACUACCGGCGGAACACAGCGGAAGAAAAACACACGGAACAUUUCAAUGGAUUAUGUCCUAGUCAGUGCUGUUCGUUUGAGAGCACUGCCGAAGCUAUUCACUAAUCAAGGCACAGUAUCUGAAUUAACUAGUUUAUUACAAGGUUAGACAUAUAGCUAGCUACAGUUUUAUAUAACGUUAUAUAACGUUACAUUUGUGUCUCAUCCGUUCAGCUAACUUAGCUUAGUUUCGAUACCGAUUCAAUGAAACACACAAGGCUGAGUAGUACUCAGUACUCCUCAUGGUUGGUAAACUGACCUUGCACCAUGUUGAAUGCUGCUACAGCUUCACAAAAACCAGCCAGGACGCCACCCCGUGGUUCCAUCUCCAGCGGCCUCAAAGAAAUUCACAUCGAUGAAGAAGUCAAGAUAGCAGUGAACCUCUCUCUGGAGAGGUUUCGCUACAGUGAUCUGAAAGAGAUGGAAUUUCCCUCCUCCUUGUCCAGUACUGAGAGAGCUUUCAUUCAUCGAAUGGCACAGUCCUUUGGUUACAUCUCCAAGAGUAAAGGGAAAGGACCAAAUCGCUUCCUUACCAUCAGGAAGAAAGAUGGUUCAGACAAACCUCGGCCUACCAUGUCCCUUACUCCCUCCCACAAUUCCUUAUAUUUCAUCCGCAACCUGCUUCAGAGGUUUCCCAUCAGCAAUAAAGAACGCAUAGACCUGCAGCCAACACAAGUAGGCAUGUCUGUGGCUGCAGAGCCUGCUCUUCCCUCAGACAACAGCGACAGGAAUAGGGCAAGCGGGCGCUUAAACAACGGCAUACCCAUGGUGCCUCGGAGGAGGAGUCCAUCAGAGCUGGACAGUUUUCGACGCGCCCUGCCUGUUCAUGAACGGCAGGAGGAGAUUAUCCAGCUCAUCAGAGAAAACAGGGUGGUGCUGGUAGUGGGAGAAACUGGCUCUGGAAAAACGACACAGAUCCCACAGUUCCUGCUGGAUGAGUGCAGCAGGAAUGAAGAGCCCUGCAGGAUCUUCUGCACUCAGCCCAGACGCCUGGCUGCCAUUGCUGUGGCUGAGAGAGUGGCAGCUGAGAGAGGAGAGAGUGUGGGCCAGACUGUUGGUUAUCACAUCAGACUAGAAAGCAGGGUCUCCCCCAAGACACUGCUGACCUUCUGCACUAGUGGCGUGUUCCUGAGAACACUGAUGGCUGGAGAUGCCAGCCUGACAACUGUCACACAUGUCAUUGUGGAUGAGGUGCAUGAGCGUGAUGGUUUGACUGACUUCCUGCUCACUAAAAUGCGGGAUAUGCUUCAGAAGAUCCCCACACUGAAACUGAUCCUCUCCAGUGCAGCUCUGGAUAUAGACCUGUUCCUUCAGUACUUCGGCUCCUGCCCUGUAAUCAACCUCAAAGGAAGACUGUUUGAAGUGAAGGAACUCUUUCUCGAGGACAUUCUGAGGCUGACGGGCUUUAACAAUAAGGACAUGAGGAAAUACAAGGAAGAGACACAGAGAAAGGAGAAGAAGCAGAAACGUCUAACGGAGUGGUGUAAGGCAGUGCAGAACAGUUCUGUUGAGGAGGAACAGAGGGCCCCUGUGUCUGCCUCAGGCUUCCUCCAAGACAGCAGCUCCCUGGACAAAGGGGGCAGCACCUUCAACAAGCCAAAUGAGAAUGGUACAGAAGAGCUGGAGCCAUGGCUGCAGAAAGAAAUGGACGCCUGCAUUUCCAACAUUUUCCUCAGUGAAGACCAGGAUGCUUUCAUUCAGCUCUUCAACCUCAUCCUCUAUGAAAGUGUUAACGUUGACUACAGGCACAGUGAGACAGGGUCCACACCUCUGAUGGUGGCAGCAGGCCGAGGGUUCCUCCCACAGAUGGAACAGCUGCUCAGCAUGGGGGCCGACAUCGACAUGAAAGCAUCCAAUGGAUGGACAGCCAUAGACUUUGCCAAACACUUCCAGCAGACAGAUGCUAUGGAUCUUCUCAAAUCCUCCAUUCCUUUGGGAGAAGUGAGCCGCCUGGAUGAAUCCACUCUGAUGCAGUGUGGCAAUACAGAGCUGGGCACUGAAGAGCAGGAGCUGCUCAAACUGUACCACCACAGCUUUGACGAUGAAUGGGUGGACCUGGACCUCAUCAUGGAUCUGCUGCACAACAUCUGCUCAACCAACAGUGACGGUGCUGUCCUGAUUUUUCUUCCUGGAUACGAUGAGAUAGUGGCACUCAGGGACCGCAUCCUGUAUGACGACAAGAGAUUCUCCACCCACUCUGACAGGUACCAGGUGUUCACUCUACAUUCAGACAUGCAGACUCUAGAUCAGAAGAAAGCCAUGAAGACCUCUCCACCUGGUGUCAGAAAGAUAGUCAAUUUUCACUUUCAGAUUCUUUCUACUAACAUUGCUGAGACAAGCAUCACCAUCAACGAUGUGGUCUUUGUCAUUGAUUCAGGAAAGGUCAAAGAGAAGUCCUUUGAUACUCUCAGUAAUGUAUCCAUGUUAAAGACGGUUUGGAUCUCAAAAGCCAGUGCUCUGCAAAGGAAGGGAAGAGCUGGACGCUGCAGACCAGGGAUUUGCUUCCACCUUUUUAGUCGACUCAGGUUCAACAACAUGCUGGAAUUCCAGGUCCCGCAGCUGCUGCGGAUGCCACUGCAGGAACUGUGUCUGCAGACCAAACUGCUGGCUCCCUCCUCCUGUCCAGUAGCUGAGUUCUUGUCCAAAGCUCCACAGCCUCCUCCUGGGCAUACCAUCAGGAAUGCUGUGCAGAUGCUAAAGACAAUAGAUGCUAUGGACCAGUAUGAAGACCUGACUGAUCUGGGCUACCACCUUGCCGAUCUACCUGUGGAGCCCCACCUGGGCAAGAUGGUGCUAUGUGCUGUAGUGCUCAAGUGUCUGGACCCCAUUCUAACCAUUGCCUGUACACUGGCCUAUCGUGACCCCUUUGUCCUUCCUGCCCAGGGCUCUCAGAAAAGAGCUGCUUUACACUGCCGUAAACGUUUCACUUCCAGCACCUUCAGUGACCACAUGGCCCUGCUAAGAGCCUUCCAGGCAUGGCAGAAAGCCCGCAGUGAUGGCUGGGAGAGAUCCUUCUGUGAGAAGAACUUCUUGUCCCAGGCCACCAUGGAUAUGAUACUUGGCAUGAGGACACAGCUACUGGGACAGCUACGUGCUAUUGGUUUUGUGAGGGCCCGUGGGGGAAGUGAUAUCCGCGAUGUGAAUUUGAACUCUGAGAACUGGGCUAUGGUGAAGGCGGCCCUGGUGGCUGGCAUGUAUCCAAACCUGGUCCAUGUCAACCAUGAGACCUCCCUGCUUUCUAGUUACAGGGAGAAGAAGAUCCACUUUCAUCCUACAUCUAUUCUGAACGAGUCCCAGUUCAAGGAGAAUACUACAGUCAAAUUGGCUCAUGCCCAUCCCACGGACUGGUUGAUCUACGAUGAGAUGAGCCGUGGCCACAGAAUGGCAAGUGUCCGCUGUUGCUCCAUGGUGACUCCCAUCACUGUGGCCAUAUUUGGAGGUUGUGCCAAACUACCCAGCUCAGCUCUGCAGGAACCUGCUGUACAGACAGCUACUGACAGUCUACUGGAUGACAUCAGUGACAGUGAAACAGAGGACCUGGCUGGGAUGAGGAUUGAUGACUGGCUCGUUUUCCAAUUGGACAGAGAGGCUGCAGGACUGGUGUUUGAACUGAGGCAGAAGUGGCAAAAUUUGUUCAUCAAAAGGAUCCGUUGUCCUUCAAAGCCCUGGUCUCAACAAGAUGAGGCCAUCAUCCGCACCCUGGUUUCUGUGCUAUCAGAAGAGGAGCAGAGGGCAGGCCUACAGCAGCCCACAGGGAUUGGCCAGCGGCCUCGGCCCAUGUCAUCAGAGGAGGGACCCCAUGCUUCUGUGAAAAACUCCAAGAACAGCCCCCAACGACCCACCAAUGACAAGUCUUGUAGGACAGCAGCCUCGGACCAGCUUCAAAUGAAAGCCCACAGCAGAGAUGAGCCCUCAAUGCCUAUUAAUCAGCUCUCUGAUGACCCUCACUGCUCCAGCCAUUCUUCCUGUUUUGUGAACUUGGAUAGCCCCUGUCCCUCCUCCUUAGGAAAGGUCUCAAGGCCUCAGCUAUCUCAGCUGGUCUUUUCGUCAGUGCGGUACUUCAUCAUGAAGAGCAGCAACAUCAGGAACAUAGAAAUUUCUCAGCAGAAAGGUAUCUGGUCCACCACACCAAGCAAUGAGACCAAAAUCACCAAGGCGUUCCUGGAAAAUAACCUCAUCGUCCUCAUCUUCUCUGUUCAGGGCUCUGGACACUUCCAGGGCUACGCUCACAUGACAUCAGUCAUUAGUCGGGAGAGCUGCCAGGACUGGGGCUUCAUGGGACUAGGAGGGGUUUUCAGUGUAAAGUGGAUCCACCAGGAGAGUCUUCCCUUCCAUUCUACCCAACACAUUCUCAACCCAUGGAACGACAACAAGAGGGUCCAGAUCAGCAGGGACGGACAGGAGUUAGAGCCCCAAGCAGGCAGCCAGCUGCUGUUACUGUGGGAGAGAAACUCUGGGAGUCAAGUUCAAUAAGAGAUAGAAGCAAAACACCUCCUCGCACCACGCUCGCCAAGUUCUGUUCUUUCUCAGCCAAAUCUUGCUAAAACUACGUGCAUACUUUGUAUAUUGAUAGAAACAUGCAUUUUCUAUCAAUUACAGGGUAGAUCCUUUAGAUAUAUUACAUGUUUUAUAUCUAUUUUGCCUUAAACAGCGCUACCAGACUGCACUACCAGUUAAGGCAAGAUGGUGGGACAAUGGAAGAGGGACUGAAUUAUUUGAAAGCAAAAAUUCAACACUUCUCUUGUUUCUCUGUUUUAUCUAUUUUUUUUAAAUUUUAUUUAAUAAGCAAGAUGUCAUUUAUUUUUUAUUCCUUGUAUUCAAACUGGUACCUCAGUUCUUGUCAAAUUGUAUUUUCACACUGAAAUAUAUGUGGCUCUAUGGAUAUUACACAUGGUUGAAAAAAACUGAAAUGAAUUAGAAUUAAUGAAAUAUGUUUGUACCACUGAUGUUUUGAUUUUAUAAAUACAGCAGCAUUACAGUUCAUUCAGAUUGUUGAUUACCGUUCAGAUUGUUGUAAUGAUGGGCAUUAUCAGGGCCUAUUAAUAGGACUCAUUAAAACAUAUUUGUCCACUUUUUGCAAAUGUUUCCUUGAUGUAGACAUAAAAUCUAAAUAUAUGUUGUUAGCAUUUUUGCAUGUUAAUUUUUGCUGCUGUACAAGGAGAGCUGAAAAGGGAAUUUUUGAGUGUUCAGUUAAGGCAUUUGCAAGUUUCGGUUAUUGGGGUGACAAAUAACACUUUUAUACCCAUUUAUUUGCCUGCCUCUACCUGCUUGUAAGUUAUUUUCAUUAAAUCGCCAAAAACA